GUGGAAGGUGAUGUUCAAACGCACUCCAUCCGCCUCUCGUGAUUCAUUUUUGUAAAAUACUCUCACACUACAAGGUUUAUUUUCAAGACAACUGUGUGAGGUUGUAAGUUUCAGGAGGAACAAAUUGCAAGGAAUUUAAGUGAAGAACCAAUCCCAGCAGAUGGUUUAGAAGAAGGAAGUCAAGAUUCAGACUCAGUGUCAGUAAUGGAGCAGCCUGUGUCACCAUUGUCUCAAAAUGCUCCAAAAUUAGAAGCACUAACUGAAAAAAUAUUGGAUGAGGAAACUGGUCCAGUUGAGAAAAUCAGCCCAGUUGAGGAAACUGGCCUAAUUGAGGAGACCUGUCCUGUUGAGGACACUGGCCCAGUUGAGGAAAUCAUCCCAUUUGAGAAAAGUGGUCCAGUUGAGGAAACUGGCCUAAUUGAGGACACUGGUCCAGUCGAGGACACUGGCCCAGUUGAGGAAAUCAGCCCAUUUGAGGAAAGUAGUCCAGUUGAGGACACUGGCCUAAUUGAGGACACUGGUCCAGUCGAGGACACUGGCCCAGUUGAGGAAAUCAGCCCAUUUGAGGAAAGUGGUCCAGUUGAGGAAACUGGCUUAAUUGGGUUAACCAGUCCAGUUGAGGACACCUGCCCAGUUGAGGAAAUCAGCCCAGUUGAGGAAAUUGGCCCAGUCGAGGAAACUAACCCAAUAGAGGAAACUGGCCCAAUAGAGGAGACCGGCCCAGUUAAAGUAAUCAGCCCAUUUGAGGAAAUCAGCCCAGUUGUGGGAACUGGCACCAGCCUAACUAAGGAAACUGGCUUAGUUGUUGAAACAGGCCCAGUUGAGGAAAUCAGCCCAUUUGAGAAAUUUGGCCCUGUUGAAGACACCAGCAAAGUUGAGGAAACUGACCUAGAUGUAGAAACCAAUUCAGUUGAGGAAACCAUCCCAUUUGAGAAAAUUGGCGCAGUUAACGAUACUAGCCAGUUUGAAAAAAUCUGCCCAGUUGAGGAAACCAGCCUAGUUGUGGAAAGAGGCCCAGUUGAGGAAAUUGGCCCAUUUGAGGAGACUGGCCAAGUUGAGGAAAUUGGCCCAUUUGAGGAGACUGGCCCAGUUGAGGAAAUUGGCCCGGUUGAAGAGCUAAAACAACAAAAUCCUGACUCUGUGUCAUUAAUGGAGAGGCCCGUGUCAACACUGUCUCGUAUGGAACCAGAAGGACAAGCCGAGAGAAACCAGGAAACUACCCACGUUACUGGGUUAAUGGAAGAGAAGAGGAUUCCAGACUCUGUAUCAAUAAUGGAGAGGCCUGUGUCAACAUUUUCUCGGACUGUCAGUAUGGAACCAGUUGAGGAAGAGGACGAGGAUCAGGAAGGUGAAGGUUUAAGACCGGAGGAGGGUGAAGCCGCGUAUCACGACCAAGGGAAGCGAUUAGGAACUUCAUUUGGUGAGCGACCAGGGACUCGAGGUUCAGCCUUGGCAGGAGAGGGUCCACUGCCGAGGGGAAUGUCCAUGGCUGAUCGUCCAGGUUCCCGAUCUAUGGCAAUGGAGAGACCAGAUACCCGCCAGACAUCGUCAUACGGUGACCGGACAUCGAGACAGGGUGAUGGGAACAGCAGACCGACAACAUCAGGUCGUCCCAUCACAGCCCGUCCAAUUAGUGCAGCACUGCGAAAUGCACCUGGAACGGCAUCUAGACUCCUUUCUACCGCUAGUGUACAGCGCCCAGGAGCAAGGACUGGGGUAGCCACUGGUAUAGGGUUUAAUACACCAAUCAACGUGGUGGACAGACCCAUCACCCAGCAAGGACUUAGUGGCAUGAAAACAUCAUCACGUGGACCUCAGAGGCAGGUUCAGGACAAGAGCUACUUCAUGGGCCAGCUACGCACCAAGAUCACGGACCUGGGCACAGAGAUCACACACCUCAGCACAGAGAUUGACAAGAUGAAGCAGGAACAAUCCACCUUCCUCACGUAUGACAAGCGCGUCAAGGAAAUGGCCCAGGAACUCACAGAGCUUCAGGGAACGUUAGGAGAUUACAACCUGCUGGUGGACCUCUUAAACACGGACACCGAACAAAUUGAGAUUGAUGAGGAGAUCAAGGGCCUGAAGGAUACCAACAAGGAGGAAGCAGACAAGCUUGACUCUCUUUUCUCACACAAGCAGGAUCUUGAGUCCAUGAUGAGGCAGCUGGAAGUUGAUAUAGAAGAGGAAAGGCACAUGGGUGAGAGUCUGUUGGAGGCGAUGCAGCCAAACCUACGACAGAAAUACUUUGAUCUGCGGCAGACCAAUACCACCCUCCUUCAGCAGCUUGACCAAAUGCAGCUGGAGUUAGAUGCCCUUGAUAACAGGAAAGCUGGAUUAGAAGAUGAGCUGGCUCUAUCAAAGGUGAAGCAGGAAGCUGUGGGCUUAUAUGAAAAGCUUCAGGACCUGGAGGAGAAAAAAGCCGAAAUUAUCAAUGAGAAUCAAAAAAGAGGAACACCUAAAGAAGAGAGAGAGAGGCUCUUGCUUCAGGUUAAAGAAGACAAUGCAGAGAUUGCAACAAUGGAACGUCAGAUUGGAGAAGUUCAAGAUCAAAUACGCAGAGUCCAGGAAGAACUUCAGCAGUUGGAUCAGGAUUUAGAAGAAAACCAGAGUGAGAGAAGCCAGAAAUACAGAGAACUAAGGAAACGUGAGGAGACAAUGGAACAGUUUUUGGCCACUUUUGAUAAGAAUAAACAAGAAGAGGUACAGCGACUGGAUAAUCUGGAAAAGAACAAUGUUGCAUUACUUGAAAAGCUAUCCCGCAAUCUGGCUCAUUUCAAUCACCUCCCUAGUACACGUGACUUUGACAUUAUGCAGUCUGACUUGGCUUUCAAGGAAGGAGAGUUAGAGAAAUCGAAAUACACAGAGCAAGGACUGAAGCAGGAACACCUGAAUUUGCAGUCCAAUCUACAAAAGAUUGAAGCAUUGGAAUUAAAGAUUCAAAAGGAGAUGGUAGAACUGAAGGAAAAAUUAGGUAAGAUGGAAAAGGAGAUGGUUGAGUUCUCUGACUUGAAUGGCCUAAGAACGAGAGCUGAGGAGAAGCGAAGGAACUUAGCUGAUGAGAAAGAGCAGCUGGAUGAGAGGAAGGGUGCGGUGACUCAGAAUCUCCAUGAGAUUGAGAGUACUGUCAAAUCACUUAAGAAACAACUUAAUGAAAAUGAAACCUACACUCAGCUAACAAAUCUUGAGAAGAAAUGGGCACAUUUUGAGCAAUCAAACUUCACUCUCCAGGAAUUUGUAGCACAGAGAAGAGCAGAGUCGAAUUUCCUGCCUCUCCAGAAUCAGGCUAUGAAACUUGUCCAGGAGUAUAACAAGGUACUGCAGGAUGUAGUGCAGAGUGGCACCAUCAUGUAAUGAACAUGUUCCUGCAAAUGGUAUAAAGUGUGUAGGGAUCCCAUUUCUACCUGCCAGAGAGAAGACAUUAUGUAGCUCGUUUGAUCCAAUUCAAAAUUGAGAAUGCCUUGGGUGAUUUUAACUACACUAUACUAGUUCUAAAGUGUAUUACAAUAAAAAUAUUCUGUUUCCAUUUCUUGUAGUUUUUGGACUGCAUAGAAACUGUAUAUUCAAAAGUGUAUCUUUCACUAUGCUUAUUAUUACCACAUAAAAAUCUUCAGUGGCCAUUUUUUGUUAUAAUCAAUGCACCUAAAUAAAUUAUAUUCAUAACAAUAGGUUUUCUUCCUUUAUUGAUUGUGGGAAUGCCAAAUAAUAAUGGAUUAGAUAAGAUGCAUUAAGUAUAUUUUUGUAAAGCAUGGUAACUAAAGAAAGAAAGAAAGAAAUUGUUUUUUUUAAUAUAAUGAAAUAUCAAAUAAUUUUUGAGUGAAUAUAGUCAUUGUAUAUACUUAUGUUUUGUCAUCAUUCAUGUUUAUAAAGUUUUAUCACUAUCAUCUUUUUAGAUUUUUUUAUCAUAUAUAUAUAUAUAUAUAAAUAUAAAUCUGCACAUAUAUAUCUAUACAUAUAUGUAUAUAUAUAU